AUGGAUGGACGAGGAUGGCAGGAAAGUUCAUUCGAGUCUGAUCUCAACAAAAUGAAGAAGUACUGCUCUUCAAUCCGCGUUGUCGCCCACACUCAGAUGAAGAUCCUUAACCGCAAGCAGAAGAAGGCACAUCUUGUUGAGAUUCAAAUUAAUGGAGGAACUAUUGCUGAGAAAGUCGACUGGGCUAAGGAUCACCUUGAGAAGCAGGUCCCCAUCGACACUGUGUUCUCCCAAGAUGAAAUGAUUGACACCAUUGGUGUUACCAAGGGUCAUGGAUUCAAGGGUGUAACGAGCAGAUGGGGAACCAAGAAGCUUCCCCGCAAGACCCACAAGGGUCUCCGUAAGGUUGCUUGUAUCGGAGCGUGGCAUCCUUCCCGAGUUGCAUUCACAGUUGCUCGAGCUGGUCAAAAGGGAUUCCAUCACCGAACUCACAUUAACAACAAAGUCUACAGAAUUGGACGUUCAUGUCUUACACCGGAGGGCAAGAACAAUGGAGCCACUGAGUUCGAUCUCACCGAGAAGAGCAUCAACCCAAUGGGAGGUUUCCCUCGUUAUGGUCUUGUGAACCAGGACUACGUUAUGCUCCGUGGUGCCGUCCUUGGACCUAAGAAGCGCCUUAUCACACUCAGAAAAUCCCUGGUUGUUGAAACGAAGAGAUUCGCUCACGAGAAGAUCAACAUGAAAUGGAUCGACACCAGCUCCAAGACUGGACACGGACGAUUCCAAACUACUGCAGAGAAGAAAGCAUUCAUGGGCAAGCUUAAGAAAGAUUUCCUUGCCGAGAGCAAAGCCUAA